AUGCUCAGAGAAGUGCUGAAGGCCCUGCAAGCCGGCCGCGGCAACUUCUCCCCCCGCCGGGAGUCCUUCCCCGACACGCAGGUAGGCCAUUCAAUUUUCGAGAUCAUCACCGAAGAUGAUACACUCAAGGGACUGACCGAUGCUGCUGUGCAGUGCAUCGCACAGCAAAUUGAGAACUGCGGCUAUGACAAUGACAUGAUCAGAUGGGAGCAGUUUGUCGAGGGAAUGGUUUGGAUUGAUUAUAGCUAUCAUCGGUUGAGCUACACAGUCAAAUCUAAGGUCAAGUGA